CCCUCACACUCACACACACACACGUGAGGCAGCACACAGCAUCCCUGCCUGGUGAAGGAUGAGGAUGUCUGCCUGGCGCUGAAGAAACAUUUUUUCGCCGCGCAGCUGGAGAAGAGGGAGAGGGACAGCUCUCACUGGCUGUGCGCGGCGCGGCCGAAAAUCAUCGUGCUCCGCUCGCUCGCCGAGUCAGUCGUGUUGGGCCCUUGCUCGAGCACACACCGCGCUCCUCGCUCGUUCCCUUGAAAACAAACGCGUGUGCACACCAGCCAGCCACCUUCAGCAACCCUCCGAACAGGACUAACUUGUCGAGUGCCCUUUGUCCGCGUGCAGUGAGUGAAGUUUUCGCGAAAGGACGUCGGCCCGUUUUCUACCACAGGACCCUUGCGAAUGCAAUGAGAAGAGGAGCCACAUAAACCGUCCCAAAUGGCGCCGAGCCGACUACUGGCUCUCUGCUUCUUCCUCGCCGGAAUAGGCGAAUCUGUCGCCAGGGCGUCAUCAACAGAGGAGGAUGGACAACUUUUGUCCCACCAAGACGUCCAAAACAUGGACAGCCUACUUCUGCCUGGCAUGAAGACUCACGAGGACGAGGAGGACGAAUUUGAAGAUGAGUACGAAGAUGAACAUGUGCAUCCUGGACCGUCGGUUGCGCCUGCCCUGAACCAUCCGGCGGUGUCCCUGCCGAUCUUCCUCGACGAACCUAUUGACUCGUACGUCAUCAAGAACAAACCGGCAACCCUCAGGUGCCGAGCUGCCCACGCUCUCAACGUGCACUUCGAGUGCAACGGAGAGGGCGCCGACACCAUGCAAUCGGAGCAGCAUCACUUCGUGGACCCGAUGGACGCCACCAGGACCACCGAGGCGACGCUAAACAUCUCCAAGGACCACAUAGAGGAGUAUUUCGGCGCCUCGUUCGAGUGCCUGUGCGUGGCCAUGUCCAGCAGGGGCCGCAUCAAGAGCAGGCCGGCCAAACUGAAGGUUGCAUAUCUCCGCAAGCAAUUCGACCACGCGCCAUACUCUGAGGCCGUGGAGCUGGAGAAGCAGGUCCAGUUCCGGUGUUUGCCCCCGGAUGGCUUCCCGAAGCCCAACGUGACUUGGAUGCGCAAUGGAGUCAUUCUGCGCGGCGAGGAAGACGGCUUGCGGAUUACGCAGGAAGGACAAGUCCUCCUGGUGCUGAGUGCCAGAUUCGCAGACGCCGCCAAUUACAGCUGCGCAGCCGAAAAUGUGGCCGGCCGACGUGUCUCGGAUCCGGCCACCUUAACAAUUUAUGUUAACGGAGGGUGGACGCCGUGGUCGCCGUGGAGCGACUGCAGCAGCCGUUGCGGUCGCGGCCAGCAGACCCGACAGCGCCAGUGCACCGCUCCGGCGCCGCUCAACGGAGGAGCAAACUGCCCAGGAAACGCCAGGCAAAAGGCCGAGUGCUCCACCCCUUGUCCAGGAGGAAGUCUGUUUGAGGACAACACUGUUUCUUUGUCUACCGACGGCCGCUGGUCCAUGUGGUCCCCGUGGAGUGCUUGCGGCCCGGAUUGCAAACACCACCGGAAGCGCUCGUGCAACAGCCCAGCGCCGUCUCCAGGCGGUCGACCCUGCUCUGGACGGGACGUGAUGUCAGCUAACUGCACAGGAGACUUUUGCGCAGCCAGCAACUACGUUCAUGCGACCUACGAGGGCACGCGACACGCUGAAGAAGCGACCAGGGCUGCCGUGCAGACAGAUGUGACUCUUUACAUCGGACUGAGCGUGGCUCUAAUUGUUUUUGGAGUGCUGGCCCUUGUUGCUGUGAAAGUUUUGAGGCGCAAAGGCAGAAGACACAGCCUCUACGACAUGGCUGUAUCAGUGGAUUACUACCCGCAAGCAGACAAAAAGAACGGCCACCUGAUGACGACAAACCUGCACUCGCAGCCGGACCUGACGCAAGGCGCCGCAUCAGCCACGCCACCCUUACUGCCGCCGCCGGGUGGCCCGACGGCCGUCUUCUACGAGUACCCCCCGUACGGCGACCCCAACCACCUGGGCACCCCGUGCAGCGAGCACCACUACGACGUGCCCCUGCUCGCGCCGCCCCCGAAGCACCCACCCCCGGCGGCCCCCGGGACGGCGUCGUCCGCCUCGCUGGCCUCGUCGUCAAGGCCUCCGCAGCGUUCGGGAAGCGUCUCGUCCUUCUCCUCCUCCCUCUCCCAGGCGGAUUCCGUCAGCUACGAUGCCAUCCCCAAUAACUGCAACGACUCGUCAAGCGGAGGAGAGACUGUGUGCGGAAUCAAACUGCUGGAUACCGAGAGCAAAACCAAGGGCACGGUCGGACACUCAGGGCUGCGGCUCAGCUUGCCCAAUUCCGGGGUGCACAUGACGAUUGCAGAAGGUGCUGUCAGCAGGGGCGAAAAGAGGAAGGCAUUUUUGGCUGUUAUGCGCGCUGACAGAGAAAGAGUUCCUUUGCCAGAUGGCUUGACCCAACUAAGUCCCGUGGUCACGUGCGUUAUUCCACCUUCACUGCGAAGGCCGGCGAUCCUCAGCUUCAAACACUGCGCUCGCCCCCAGAGAGGAACCUGGAAUGUUUCGCUCUGGUGCAGUCCCGGCACCCCCGACUCGCCACCCAAGUGGAAGCGUGUGGUCGGUCUGGGAGAAGAAACUAUCAACACACCGGCGUUUGUGCAGCUGGAUGAGACGGAGGCGCACGUGAUAGUCGAGGCAUCUGGCAGGUACAUUUUGGCUGGCGAGUCUCGCAACGGCAGGGCCGCAAAAGCUCUGAAGCUGGCCGUGUUUGGUCCCAGCCAGCCGCCGCACCAAGAAUGCUGUUUGAGGGUGUACGCUGUGGAAGAUACUUUAGCUGCUAUGGAGGGAGUGAUGUCAAUUGAGAAGCAGCUUGGGGGCUGUCUUAUGCAAAGGCCUAGAUCGAUGUUGUUCAGCGACGGAGGCGGAUCGCUGUGCCUCGACCUGGAAGGCCUGGGGCACGGCUGGCGGUGCAAACCCCAGGGCAACUUCCUGGAAAUUCCUUUCCAGCACGUUUGGAGACCGUCGAGUAACUUGCUGCACUGCUCUUUUACCUUAGAGCGGAGCAACAACGAGCCUUCGCCGGUGUCCUUUACUCUCAGAGCUCGCCAGGUGGACAUCACAACUGGCGCCACGAUCUCACAACAAGUCACCAUUAAUGUCAAUUGUGAUGGUGCAACAAUACAAACCCCCUGCAGUCCAAGUGCAGUACACCGAGGCGCAAGGGUCUCAACGGUCAAUUCCAGCAGCGGCUGCAGCUCGCUGGUCACUUUGGAGCCCACAGGACCUGUGUUCAAGUUCCCUAGAGGACUGAGGAAACAACUGAGUCAGUGUCUCGACCCACCAAACACAAGAGGCAAUGACUGGAGGAUGCUAGCUCAAAAACUCGGUGUCGACCGAUACAUCGCGUACUUCGCAACAAAAUCAAGUCCAACGGAGCACAUUCUGGACCUUUGGGAGGCCAGGCACCGCGACACCUCCGCCUCGGCAGAGUUCCUCAACAUUCUCAGGGCCAUGGGCAGGAUGGAUGCUGCUGGAGCCGUGGAGCGGGAGCUCGGACCCUGGCUGUAAACUUUCUUGUGUCGGUGUGUAGGGGUUAGUAGCGCUCGAGCCCUUGUCCCCUCUGUCUCUUAAUUGUGAUCUGUGUAUAAAAGACUGCAGCGAGUAAUACACACAUAGUAGUGCCAACUUCUGAUAAGGACCACUGAUAACUGUUCCAGAAUAGUGAAAAUCAUUGUAACACACCAAUAUGUAUAACACAAAAAACUUGAUGUUAGAAUGCAGAUUGUGCCAAAAUGCAGACCCCCACCAACCCCAAAUUUUGGUCACAAAAAUGCUAUAAUUGUUGUGCUGGAAACGAGGUGAUCAAGUUUUGCGUCGUCUCUAGAGAACCUUGGGUUAGGUUUGAUUUUGGUGGACAUAUUAUUGUGUCAACUCAUUGAUGUCGUUAAAUUUGUUACUUAAUGAUAACAGAACGAAAGUGAAAGCCGGUGAUUUAUAAAGGAAUGGAAAGACAGUGUCUGUUUAGGAGCAAGUUGUACAAUAUUGAAAUUACCUAUUGUUAGCAAAAAUCCCCCAUCGUAUCGAGUCGUGUGAAUGAUAAUGUAAUGAGUGAGCAUUAAUAUUAUUUGUUACAGAAGGUUAGAAACGAGAUGGAAGAGAUAAUCACUGAUAGUUAACUUAUAAUGUGGAUAAUAGCAACUACUAUUAUAAUAGCCAUUGCUGUGAACAAGAAUUAAAUGUUUCCCUCUUUUAUAUUAAAAUGUACAUAUAGCAUUAAAAUUAUUAAAACGGAAAGUAACAAUUAUGAAAAAGUGGCGAUGAUAACCAAAUUUCAAAUUUGUAUUGAGAAACUGAAAUGUAAUAAUGCGAUAAUAUAGUCUUUGAUGAAUUAUAUAUUAAUAAAAAUGCAACGAUAUAUAAAGUCACUCAAA